AUGGCACCAAGCACCUACCGCAAACUCCAGGACAGGCACAUCCUCUUCAUCGGCGGCUCAGGGGGAAUCGGCGCGGCAGUAGCCGAGGCCUCGCUCGAGGCCGGCGCGCACGCGACCAUCACGUCCUCGUCCCAGGCCAGAGUCGACGGCGUGGUCGCCUCGCUGGCCGCGGCAUACCUAGGCAGCUCUGUGCGCGGGGCCGUCGGGGACCUAUCGAACUCGGUGACGAUCGAAGACGUGCUCGAGUCGAUCUUCCAGGCAGCCAAGGCGGCGCAGGGCGGCCGGCUCAUCGACCACGUGGUGUUCACAGCGGCGGACGCGCUGACGCUAGGGCCGCUAGACACAACGACGCCGGCCGCAAUCGCCGCGGCCGCGCACAUGCGGCUCGUGGCGCCCGUGGCGGUGGCCAAGGUGGCGGCGCGCCACCUGGCGCGCUCGCACCGGUCGAGCAUCGUCAUCACCACGGGCAGCGCGGCCGAGCGCCCGGCCAAGGGCUGGAGCGUCGUGGCCUACUUCGCCAGUGGGGUGGCGUCGCUCGCCAGGGCCCUGGCCGUCGACCUGGCGCCCAUCCGGGUCAAUGCGGUCCAGCCUGGCCCCGUCGACACGGCCCUGUGGGGCGCCCACCGCGACGCAGUCGUCGCCCAGCAGGAGGCCAAGGUGUUGACCGGCAGGGUCGCAAAGGUCGAGGACGUCGCCGAGGCUUACCUCUGGCUGCUGAAGGACGAGAAUGCUACGGGGUCGGUCGCGGCGACCGACGGCGGAGAACUGCUCGUCUAG